AUGAGUUUUUCACCAACUCCAGACCUUGGAGGUUCUCCUUACCAUGCACAAAGUGGUGAGGACCGUAAGCAGAGGGUCAAGUGGUCAACAGCUGAAGACCUGGUCCUCAUCAGUGCAUGGUUGAACACCCCCAAGGAUCCAUUAGUUGGAAAUGAGCAAAGAGCAGGAACCUUUUGGAAGAGGAUUGCCGCCUAUUAUAAUGCAAGUCCCAUGAGGACCAGUGGCCAGAGUGAAGAUGAUGUUUUAAAGGCAGCACAUGAAAUAUUCUUCAACGAUUACAAGGUGAAGGUCUCGUUGGAGCAUGGCUGGAGGGAGCUCAGGAAUGAUCAGAAAUGGUGUGGGACAUAUGGAAGUACUCAACAAAGCUCUGGUUUUAAAAGAAAGAGGGUGGGGGGAGAACAAUCUUUUCAGUCAUCGGCAUCUAUGCCGAGUGUGAAUGGAGAGGAUGAAGCAAUGGCUAGGCCUACUGGUGUUAAGGCAGCAAAGGCGAAGGCUAAAAGGCCAGUGGGAGAAGGAGUGAAGAAGCUGGAAGAGUAUCAGCAAAUGUGGGAGAUCACGGAGAAGGACUUGGCUUUUAAGGAUAAGCUUAGCAACAAAAAACUGCUUGACAGUUUGCUUGCAAGAACAUAG